UAGAUGCUGAACAAAGCUGGCACGUCUUCAGAAGUUUUUCUCAAUUUUCAAUUUGUUCGGCGACAUUACAAUCCAAAAGACAUUCUUGUGUGUUGUGUUUUGUUGUGUCUUUUUUUUUUUUUUUUUUUUUCAAAAAACGGAUUUAAUCGAGAUACAAAAGAAAAAAGAAAUCAAAAAAAUCUGACCCCUUUUAUGAACCCUAAUUUUGGGUUGGUCACUCUCUCUCUUUCCUUUCCCAAAAUUGGAUUCAAAGUUGUUCCUUUUUGUCUUCCUCGUAUCUCGCAGCAUCAAGGGCUUCCGACAUUCCCAGCUAUUAUGCUUGAUUCCGAGGACGAAAGGAGUUAAUUAAAAGAGCAAGUCUUUGGAGUUGAGGAAGCCUCUAUAUAGGAUUAUUUGAGUUUCAGGGGAUAGAUAAGGAUUUUGAUCAGCUUUUGUUUUGUGUUUGUGGGGGAUGGAUCAAAUUGUUUCAGGAGAAGAAGAUCUUGAUGUAGACAUUGAAAACGGUAGAUUCAAUGAGACACAAGAUAUCACUACGAAUCUUGUUUCAGCAGCACAAGGGGAUUCAGAGAACGUUUUGAAUCAUGAUGUUUGGAGUGGGCGUUUGAGUUUUGAUGGGUCUGAAAAGAGUGCUGCUGAUGAUGAUGAUAUGGCAGACCCUUUGAUGGGAGAUGGAAAGAGGAGAGAACGAAGCAGUCAAAGUUUAGAUCUUUCGGAUAUAAAGUUUGAUAAUGUUAAGUAUAAGAAGACUAGAAAACCUUCAAAGCCGCCGAGGCCUCCGAAAGGCCCGUUGCUGAGUGCUAAUGACCAGAAGUUGAUGAGGGAAAUCACGGAGCUUGCUAUGAGGAAACGUGCUCGUAUUGAACGGAUGAAAACACUGAGAAGAUUGAAAGCAGCAAAGUCCUCCUCUCCCUGCAGUAGCAUUUUCGCCAUGAUAGUGACUGUUAUAUUCUUCGUCUUCUUAAUCUUUCAAGGGUUCUUUACUAGCAAUGCAAGUUUGAAUUCAGAUAAUUCACCUGCACCAAAUAAUUCAGCCAAUAACCGUAUGGUCUCUGUUCAGUUCUACAAUGAGUUUGCUCCUCGUGAGAGAAUCGAUCCUAGCCCAAAUACUUCUUUCAGGUAUAAGAGGGUCUCAGGUGCAGACAAUGAAGAAAACACAAGAGAAGUUACUAGAUGAGUCUCUCUUCAGAUUCAUGUAAUGUAACCCAAAAAAAAACACUAGAUAUGUGUUUUGUUUGUUUGUAAAUUCUUGACAUAUCUCUAUUUUGUUCCUUUGCUCUGUUCUUGUGGUAUUUCACAUGUUUUGUCUCUGUACUUCUCUUUCCUGUAUAUAUUCUUAUGAAUGAUUCUGCUCAUGUUUUCA